AGGCUGGAGGAGCAGCCCCGGCUCUCUGUGCCGGGGUUUGCUGGAAGACAGAGGGAUGGGACCCGAAAGCAGCUUGAUCCUCACUCUCCUCUGCUGGGUGGCAGGCAAGGUGGCUGCUUACCCACCUUGGGAUUUCUCCUGGGGGGCACAGGCAGACCCCCACGCCUGGUCUUGGAUGGAAGAUCCUCAAUCUCGCGCUGUCUCAGCGCAUCACCCAGUGUGGGUGCAGUGCCAGGAGGCUCAGCUGGUGGUGACAGUGAACAGGGACCUCUUCAGCACCGGCCGCCUGGUCAACCCGGCCGACCUGACGCUGGGGCCUGCGGCGUGCAAGCAUUCCUCGCUCAACCCUGCCCAAAACACCGUCACCUUCACCGCUGGCCUCCACGAGUGCGGCAGCAUUGUGCAGAUCACACCCAAUUCCCUCAUCUACCGCACACUCCUCAACUACGACCCCAGCCCUGCCAGCAACCCCGUCAUCAUCCGCAGCAACCCUGCCGUCAUCCCCAUCGAGUGCCACUACCCCCGGAGGGAGAACGUGAGCAGCAACGCCAUCCGCCCCACCUGGGCUCCCUUCAGCUCCACGCUGUCGGCCGAGGAGAGGCUGAUGUUCUCCCUGCGCCUCAUGAACGAGGACUGGAGCGCCGAGAGACCCUUCACCGGUUUCCAGCUGGGUGACGUCCUCAACAUCCAAGCAGAGGUGGGCACUGAGAGCCACGUGCCACUGCGGUUGUUCGUGGACAGCUGUGUGGCCGCCCUGAGCCCCGGAACCGAAUCCUCGCCCCACUACGCCAUCAUUGACUUCAACGGGUGCCUGGUUGAUGGGAGGUCAGAUGACACCAGCUCUGCUUUUGUCACCCCCCGGCCCCGGGAGGACGUGCUGCGCUUCAAGAUCGAUGUGUUCAGGUUCACAGGGGAUGCCAGGAACCUGAUUUACAUCACCUGCCACCUGAAGGUGACCCCAGCAGACCAAGCCCCAGAUCCCCAGAACAAGGCUUGCUCCUUCAACAAAGCCAGAAACACAUGGGCACCCGUGGAAGGCACCCGGGACAUCUGCAGCUGCUGCGAGACAGGCAACUGCGAGUCCCCCGCUCUUUCCAGGAGGCUCAACCCCAUGGAGCGAUGGCCCAGCCGCCGCUUCCGCCGCCAUGAUGCCAACGGGAAAGAGGCUGAAGCUGACGUGGUCAUUGGCCCUGUGCUCCUCUCGAGGGACCUGGGCACCGUGGGAGAGCGGCAGGAGGGAGGUCAGGGCAGGGUGACGGCAGUGCCCAGCGUGGGGACAGUGCUGAUCUGCGUCGUGGCCGGUGUGGGGCUGGCCGGGGCGGUGCUGGCUGUUGGUGUGGGGCGCAGGAGGUGCGCCCGUGCGUCGGCAUGAGUGUGGGGUGGGAGCUGAAUAAAGCCUGGGAACGAUAAA